AUGACCGUCCAGCAGGAGUGCCUUGCCGAAUUUGCGCCUAUGCUCGUUCCCGUUGGCGAGGAGGAGGACGAGUCCUCGUUCAGGGUCAUCUGCACGGCGUGCUACAAAACCAAGUUGGUCGCGUUUGUCUUCUCUUCCAUCACCGGACAAUGGUGUGUUGCUGCAUCUCCCAGCUGGAGCUCUUUGGGCACAGUUGAGCCCUCUUGGAAUGGCCUGUUCCGUUUCAACUACGUGCGUGGCUGCUUCUACUGGCCGGCUCUUUGGAGGGACAAGUUGCUCAUGCUGGACAUGCGCUUAAUGGAGUUCUCCAUUGUCAACAUUCUCACCGGCUACCAUGUGCAGCUUACAAACCAGCCUGGACAGAGUGUAUGCAUGUCUACUAUUGUUGAUGGCGCAGAAGGAGCCCUCGAGAUGUUUACUCUGGUCGGUGUUUACAGCCCUACCACAUUUUAUCUCCAUCAUACCACUCGACAAAACAACGGCGAAUCUCCCAAAGAGUGGCAGCUGAAAAAUGUUAUAGCACUGCCUCCUCGAUGUCGCUAUUUCACUGUGGGUGCAACUGAGAGAUUCUUAUUCCUUCGAUGUAUUCGAAUAGCUCAGUGGGAUGAUACUGCACGUGGGUUGUUGCCCGAGGAUAACGAGUUUGAUUUGUUUUCUCUGGAUGUCAAGACCUCAGAACUUAAGAAGGUCUGCAGAGCAAAACACUAUUAUCCUCCCAAUCUAGUUCACUCCUACUUUGGCUUCCCACCAUCAUUGUCGAAACCGAGUCUAUGA